CAGUUGAUAGGCUAUUAGAUAUUUAAAUGUGUAAUUCUCCCUCCGAUCUGAGACCGGCAGCAAUACAGCGUCUAGUCUGCCGGAAACGCACAAGAAGAAGAAAGAGACAUACAGUAAACAGAGAACACCACAAAUAUGCAGACGAUUAAAUGUGUUGUGGUUGGAGAUGGAGCGGUGGGAAAAACCUGCCUUUUGAUUUCAUACACAACCAACAAAUUCCCCUCUGAAUAUGUACCAACAGUGUUUGAUAACUAUGCAGUAACUGUCAUGAUUGGAGGUGAACCUUACACCCUAGGAUUAUUUGAUACUGCGGGUCAGGAGGAUUAUGACAGGUUACGGCCUUUGAGCUAUCCCCAGACUGAUGUUUUCCUAGUUUGUUUCUCUAGUGUUUCACCCUCUUCAUUUGAGAAUGUUAAAGAAAAGUGGGUACCUGAAAUCACUCACCACUGUCCGAAGACACCAUUCCUGCUGGUUGGAACUCAGAUUGACCUGAGAGAUGACCCUUCCACAGUAGAGAAGCUGGCCAAGAACAAACAGAAGCCCAUCAGCCCUGAGACAGCUGAGAAGCUCGCCCGUGACCUGAAAGCAGUCAAAUACGUUGAGUGCUCUGCCCUAACACAGAAAGGACUAAAGAAUGUGUUUGAUGAGGCAAUACUGGCUGCCCUGGAGCCUCCGGAACCCAAGAAGAGGCGCAAAUGUGUGCUGCUCUGAGCAUUUCCUCUCUUCUAUUGGUUAGAGCAUUUCAUCAACACUACUCGGAGAAAAGCAAACCAUUAUUGCACAACGUUACUUCACUCUUAUUGGUAACUGACACAAAUAUUUUUACAAUGUUUGCAAAGUAGUGUGUGAACUUAACUGAACUAGAUUGCUCUAUGCUAGAAACUUUGCAAUAUAACCCUCUUAUGUAGUAGUACACAUCAUUCCUAGAGCCAUCUCAGUAUUUUUCAGUUAAACAGAUUGGUGGCUGCAUAGUCUUAUCAGAAGUGUGGAAGGGUCACAGACACACACAGCUGAUGAUUGGGACCAGUGACAACAGGACAAAACAAUUUUACCUUCAAUACUGUCGGCAAUAUUCCCCAAGUUUUUUUUUUUUUUAAUGAUUCCCUUUUUUCAGGUGUAUAUAAUGUUUUCAUGAACACCUGAGGUGAACAUAAAUCCCCUUUCAAUUGGGAAAGUGAUAAUAGAUUCUGUAACAGUCAGUAGUAACAAUGAUAUGUUGGUGCCAACCCAGUUACAACAUAUGCUAUGUUUGUCAGGGCAGUAUAGUAGGUUUUUUUUUUUUUUGUCUUUUAAAGCAAAUGCCUUGUCUGAUGUCACAUACUCUAUUGCAUUCUAGGCACUUAAGUCUUUACUGCUCUGAAUGAAACGGCUCAUUGUUGCAGUGUAAAACCACCAUGAGACUUUUGCUUUAGAAUUUCACUCAGUUGACAGAUUGUUCCUCCUCUGACAGGAACAGAAUCUUACAGGAUGUUUAUUUGUUUUAUACAAAAAUGUACAUCUCCCGUUGUCACAAUUUGAGUAUAAGUGAAUUUCUUGAAAUGUAUCAACCAAAUAAAGUUUAGAAUUCUCAA